GAGAGUAAAAAAAUCUAUUUUUGAUGCCAACGGGUUCAAUGUCAAAUUCCCAUACGAGAACCCUUCGAGUUGCAGGCGGGCGGGUGUCUGUCAGUGCGUUCGUAUGUUCUUGUAUAGAGCAUAAGAAAUGAUUCGCACAACUUCAGCAGCUUCUGCGAUUCCAAGAACUGCUCAAAGAGGUAAGCUCUCAUCGUUAUUCAUAAACCCAUCAAAACCCAAACACACGACGGAAUUCCCAACUGAAAUCAACACCAAUGAUGCUGUUGCCUCCUUUUAUCAGAUGCUCCAAAUGCAUCCCGCGCCACCUAUCUCUUCAGUUAACAAAUUGAUUGGUGCUGUUGCCAAAACCAAGAAUUAUAAAGAUGUGAUUUUUAUGUACCGUAGGGUGGUUGAAGUUGAUUUAUUGCCUGAUUAUAUUACACUGAACAUUUUGCUCAAUUGUUAUUGUAGCAUGAAAAAUGUUGUUCUUGGUUUUUCUGUUAUGGGUGGGAUUUUUAAGAGGGGGUAUAGUCCAAAUGUUGUUUCUUUUAAUUCCUUGAUUAAAGGGCUGUUUAUGGAAGAUAAGGUAGAUGAUGCAGUUAUGUUGUUCAAUAAAAUUAUUGGAAUGGGAUUUCAACCAAGUAUCUGGACUUGGGGGACUUUGAUUAAGGGGCUAUGUAGGAGUGGAAAAGCAGAGGUGGCUCUUCGUUUGCAUGAAGAGGCAGGGAAAUGGAAUGGAAGGUCUGAUUUAAAAUUUAAGCCUAGUUUAAUUUGUUAUUCCACACUUAUUCAUGGCCUUUGUCAAGAGGGAUUGUUGGACAAGGGUAAACAGUUAUUUUUGGAGAUGCAGGAUAGAGGAUUUAGGCCAGACUUGGUUGCAUAUAGUGGUUUAAUUCAUGGUUUGUGUGAGGGCGGUGAAUGGGAGGAGGCAAAGCUGUUCUUCAUUGAAAUGGUGGAUCAAGGCAUUCGUCCUAAUGUGAUAUUGUUUAAUAUCUUGAUGCACACGCUUUGUAAGGAGGGGAAGACCAAUGAAGCUAGUGGAUUGUUUAACUUGAUGAUUCAGAGAGGUGAAGAGCCCAAUUCUUGUACAUAUAACGUAUUGAUGAAUGGGUUCUGCCUACAGAAUAGGAUUGUUGAUGCGAGGGAGUUGUUUGUUUUGAUGGCAGAUAGAGGCCACAAGCGAGAUGUUGUAAGCUAUAAUGUGUUGAUUAAUGGUUAUUGCAAGAGUCAGAAAUUAGAAGAGGCAUUUAGGCUUUUUAAAGAAAUGGUUUUAGGAGAAUACAAGCCAAAUGUAAUUACAUUCAACACUUUGUUGACCGGUCUGUUUCACCUUGGUAAUGUUGAGGAUGCACAGGCACUUUUUCAACAGAUGAAAGUCCACAGAGUGACCCCAGAUUCUUCUACUUAUAGUAUUUUAAUUGAUGGAUUUUGCAAAAACAACUGCCUUGAAAAUGCAAUGGAACUGUUUCACACUCUAGAAAGAUCUGGCUUUGAUUUUGACAUAGAAAUCUAUAAUUGCAUCCUUGAUGGAUUGUGUGGAUCAGGAAAGCUUGACGUUGCGAGUGUGCUCUUUCAGAAGUUAUCCCAGAAGGGCUUGGUACCAACAGUUUUUACGUAUACCAUCAUGAUUCAUGGACUUUGUAAAGAUGGAAAAAUGGAGGAGGCAAAUAAUUUGUUUUUGAAGAUGGAAAAGGAAGGUUGUGCACCCAAUGUGGUAACUUUUAACACACUUAUGCGAGGAUUUCACAGUUAUAAUGAUGCCCCAAAAGUGGUUGAACUUCUUCAGAAAAUGGCUGAGAGAAAAAUUUUGCCUGAUGAAUCCACAUUGUCUUUAGUUAUAGAUUUAUUGUCAAAAGACACAAAUUGUUCGAAAUAUAUGAGUCUGAUACCAAAAUUUCCCAACCAAGGCUGACUCAAAAAUAAGAUGCUACACCUAUCACCAUGAGCAUUUUAUCCACCACUGUAGUGAAAGGUGUAUAAACUUCUAGUUGCAAACCAGAAUCGGGAAACAGAAUUGAAAUCUCCCGAAGUAGGAUUCGAAACUACUAAAAAUAAUGGACCCACACAUUUGGCGUUUAAUGAAUAUCAAAGUUCGCCCGUUGCACAGUACUGGGAAGGCAAGUUCGAUGGCUUUCCAUUGUUGACGCUGCUUUAGAUUUAUCAGCCUUGUAUGCAGAUGCAUGGUGAUGUAAUUGGUCGUUAAGAAAACAGAAACCUGUUUCCCGGUAUGCCACAUAUUGUCCUAUGACACAGAAGACUUCGAAAGAGAUUUGAGUGGAACUCAACUGGUCAUUACCACCUAACGGAGCCUGGCAUUCUACUAUAUAGAUUUGAUAAAAAUAUCAUGCUACUUAGUUUCGCACAUGCCUUUAUACUGAACUGGAGUACUCCAUUGGAGGUAAAUGACCAUUAUGCAGUUAUUACCAAAGUUUUGCAGAUAUGGUACCUAAUAUUUCAUUUAUUAUGCUUCUACUGGCCUUAUCUUAAAUUUUAGCUGUCUGCAUACUGUAUAAACUGCUUUAUGCUACUUUAGCGUUUGAAACCUGGGCCUAUCAGUUUGGUUGUAUUGAUUUCAAUUUAUGUUGAGGUUCAAAUGUCUUGGAAAAAUUGAAUUCAACACAAUUUAAAUACUAACGGAAUAUCAUAACCCCAGGUGGUCCACAACACUCACCCCAUCCCAACAAAUAAUAAAAGAUUAAAAUUCAGAUGUUCACCUUGGAUCAUAUUUUCCCAUUACUGUUACUACCACCAAGGAUAUCUUAAUAAGCUAUAAGACCAUUCAAUUAGGUAUUCCCAGUGCAAUAAACUAGGCACCCCAUUAUUUUUUUAACUGCACAAGAGAUGUAAAUCUAGUGUGGAGGUAAACUAAGAUGCCAAAAAUUACAACGGCGUAGUGGUUGUUAUGAGGAGCAAAUGAUUGUUGAAAACACUCUCUCUAAUAUUGUACAGUAUUUGAAGUAA